AUGACUCAUUUAGCAGAGGUGUCUUCGAGUGAUCCGUUGUUAGAUGAGAUUGCUGAUGACAAUGAAUUUAUUGAUAGUAUUGAUGAGGAAUUUUAUGAUGCCUGCUCCCUUGAGGAAACUCCCAAAUCAGAUGAGUUUGCACCUUCAGUUAUUCAGGAAGAGGAACCUGCGAAUGGUGGAAUUGGAUCAGAUGAAACGGAAGAUCCACUAAAACAUAGAAUAGAAUAUGAAAAUAAUUUAUCGGAUGAAGAACUAGAGAAAAAUAAAAACGAUGCGGUUCUCCUAAAAGAAGAUGGAAAUUCCAAAUUUAAGGAAAGGGCAUUUGGUGAAGCCUUAUCACUUUACACAGAUGCACUGGAUAAGUGUCCGCUUAAAUUCUCCGAGGAGCGGGCGAAGAUAUUUUCGAAUCGUGCUGCAUGUCAUUCCCACUUGGGGAACCGUGAUGCCGCAUUGACUGACUGCGAUGAAGCUUUAAAAUUAUCUCCAGACUACGUCCGUUGUCUUCUACGUCGAGCAGAUCUUCGCGAGACAGUUGAUCGUCUAACUGAGGCGCUUGAGGACUACCAACACAUUCUUAAACUCGAUCCUUAUAACGCCAAAGCUCAUGCAGCCUGCGCUAUUUUACCAGAGAAAAUCACUGCUCAACAGGAGAAAAUGAAGGCAGAGAUGAUGCAGCAGUUGAAGCAACUGGGAAAUAUGGUGCUCAAACCCUUUGGUCUUUCCACUGAUAACUUCAAAUUGACAAAAGACCCCAACAGUGGUGGUUAUUCUGUCAGUUUCCAACAAUCUUAA